UCCCACACGGCUCGAUUUAUCCGGCCUUUUUCGUCUCAAUUCCUCGGUCUUAGUACAACUGUACAAGAAAUUUUGUCCUUUUACCGGACAAAAGUCGUCCAUUUCAAAGCAAAUAAGCUCACACACACUCACUCUCUGUAGAAAUUCUUCCACCUUUUUCGCAUUCACGUGUAAUUUCUUCGAAGCCUCAAAGCUCUGGAGAGUUCUCUGUUUUUGAAUUUCUUCGCUGUUAAGCUUCUCUCUCUCUCUGUGCAUUACUAUUCAGGUCUUAAAACUCUGCUGUCUAUCUCAAGUUUGUGGUUUUAAAAGCCGACUGGUGAGGUUUCUCGAUGGCCGGCCGUUACGAUCCAAACCCUUUCGCCGAAGAAGACGAAGUUAAUCCCUUUUCUGACCCAACUGUUAGAGAGAAACCAUCAGUGCAGUCGAAAUUUGGUGGAGGUCCAUUUUAUACAACUACUGCUGGGAGUGUUCCUUCUGCACCAAACUCAAGGCUUUCACCUCUUCCUCCUGAACCUGCAGAUUUCUAUGAUCAUAAUGCCACGGUUGAUAUUCCUCUUGAUACAUCUUCGGAUUUGAAAAAGAAACAGAAAGACUUGCAAGCUAAGGAGGCUGAAUUGAGAAGGAGAGAACAGGAAGUGAAACGGAAAGAAGAGGCUGUGGCACGAGCUGGUAUUGUUCUUGAGGAGAAAAAUUGGCCACCGUUUUUCCCAAUUAUCCAUCAUGAUAUCGCGAAUGACAUACCAAUUCAUCUACAGAGAAUGCAGUAUGUUGCAUUUUCGACGCUGUUGGGGUUGUUUGGGUGUCUUUUCUGGAAUAUUAUAGCCACUACUACAGCAUGGAUUAGAGGAGAAGGCCCAAAAAUCUGGUUCCUUUCUCUCAUCUACUUCAUAGCUGGGGUUCCAGGAGCCUAUGCAUUAUGGUAUAGUCCACUCUAUCGUGCUUGUAGGUCUGAGAGUGCGAUCAGGUUUGGGUGGUUUUUCCUGUUUUACUUGAUUCACAUUGUCUUCUGCAUCUUUGCUGCGGUUGCUCCUCCUAUAGUUUUCAAAGGAAAAUCUCUUACGUGAGUUCCUGUUUUAGAUUUGCACUUAUUUUAAUCCAUUUUUUUUUUCCAUUUCACUCAGCCCUAAUGAAAAUAGCUAUAUAUUCCAUUUCCUUGCUAGUUGGUUAGACUUCCCUUCCUCAAGUCAAUUACUUUGAGGCCGAUAUCAACAAGAGUAGGAUUGUUGACAACUCUUUUUAUAAUGUUAUCUAGGAAUUGAUCCUCUAUCAUACAUAACUGGUUAAAUUAUAUGGUUUGUGUUCUCAUAAAUUUUGGAUCUCCUUCCCUGCAAAUGAUUUAGCCUUUCGCGGUCCUUUGUAACAGAGGUAUCUUGCCUGCUAUAGAUCUCAUUGGCAAGCACGCUUUAGUUGGGGUAAGCUUAAAUCCCUGAUCUAUUGUUUUUUUUAGCCAUAUUUCUUUUGUACCAUCUUCUGAGUUGACAGUAAUAAGAUCUAUGCAAUGCGUUUAGAUUUUUUAUCGUCAGGUUAUGUUGGUUUUUGAAAUGGUGGGAGGUUUAAUCUCUAGACGAUUAUGCACAUUAAAUACUGGAAUUUUCCUUGUAUCCAUGCUAAUUGAUUUCAUUUUGUGUAGAUUUUCUACUUCGUUGGAUUCGGCCUAUUCUGUAUUGAGUCAGUGCUCAGCAUCUGGGUCAUUCAGCACGUAUACAUGUACUUCCGAGGCAGUGGGAAAGCUGCAGAGAUGAAGCGUGAGGCUGCAAGAGGAGCGUUAAGAGCGACUAUAUGAUGGUCGGACCCGAUCAAAGCCAGUGACUGGUUUAGUGUGGAUCUUGGUUUGGUGUGAUCCAAGAACAAGAUAUUGUUCGCUUGAGAUGGGCUUUACCUGUUCAAUAGCUUGUUUGAGUAUUCAUUAUUGUUAUGUAUUUUGUGUACUAUGGUUUAGUGGAACAACUUGGGGAACGACUGUUAAGGUAGAAACAAGACAAUGUAUCUGUUUUGUUUUAGAAGCUGAUUUGAUUUGUCUGUAAAUCUGUGUUAUUGACAUUUAGGUUGUUUUUAUUCAAUCUGGUUUCAUCGGAAAACUUCGAUUUUGUACAUUUU